UUUCCAGGUCUCCUGGGGCAGCUGAGGAGAGCCAUCACCAUGAUCCCUGCACUGCUCUUGCUGGGCCUUAUGGCCUUUGUCGCUCCAUCCAUGAGUUACAGUUGCUAUGGUGAUAUAAGUGCUCUUCAAGCCCCCACGAUCUCCUGUACAGCCGUAAGAGCCCCAGGCUGUGGACUUGCCAUGGUACGGAGGACUGCUGAGGCAGACAUCGUACGCCUGAGGAAAUACGAGACCCCAAUUAAGAGAGUAGCCAGAAACUUGUGCUUGGACCCGGCACUCAUUGCUGCCAUCAUCUCGCAGGAGAGCCGUGUUGGCCUGCUCCUGGACAAUGGCUGGGACCAGGAACGGCACAAGUACGGCUUGAUGCAGCUUGGCGGGCAGCAACACCAGCCUUUCGGAGUGUGGGAUAGUGAAGAACACAUAAAUCAGUGCUCAACUAUCCUGGUUCUUGCAAUUAAUGAAGUACGGGCAAGACAUCCUACCUGGACCUGGGACCAGCAGCUGAGAGGGGGAAUCUGCACCUACCGUGCAAAAAUGGGCAACUUCCAGCCCUAUGAGGAAGACCCAUGUGAAAGAGACAACUACUACGUCAACAGCGUGAUUAGGCGAGCCCAGUACUUUAAGAGACAUGGGUUCUAGCUCAUAA